UUCAAUUCAUAGAGCGAGGUUCACUCUCUCAAAGCAUGAAAUUGAAUCACUCCAUCUUCUAAUGGCUUCCACUUCCACUCUCCGCUUCCACUCCCUCUCCUUCCAGACCUCAAUUUGGGUCUCAACGCACCAGACACCCGCAUUGCUACUAAAGCUUAGACCCCAAUUCGGGUCAGGUAACACUCGGUUCGUAUGGGCUUCACGGCUGAUACCCACUCACAGGUUCCUUAUCAGAGCCAUUGACGGCUCAGCUAGCUCUAAUGGUGAGAACCCUAAUGACCGUGGUGAUGAUGAUUACAAGUUUACUAUCAACCUCAAGGACCCAGUUGACAAAUUCCACGGAAUGAUCAGCUCUGUCUCUCCCAUUGUCUUCAAGAUACGGCAACGAGUGGGGUCGAAUUUGGCAGUUGGUUUAUGUAUUGCUACUGCAUUUUUGGUGGUUGUUCUGAGAAUGUUCAUGGUGAGGAAGCCGAAGAAUAACGGUCAAGGCUCUGUGGCUGAUCUUGUGAGACGCGGGCAGCUUAGGUCCGAUAGAAGAGGCAUUUCCAAGCCUCUCAUGUACGAUGACCCGUUUAAUAACCCAUUGGUGAAAGUUGGUAAGGAAAAUUCGACUAUAGAGAUGUGUGGAAAGGUUUAUCGCCUUGCCCCAAUUACUCUUACGAAGGAGGAACAAGCUAUCCAUCGAAAGAGGAGGUCUAGGGCGUACCAGUGGAAGAGACCGACAAUGUUUCUUAAAGAAGGGGAUUCGGUACCUGCUGAUGUUGAUCCUGAUACAGUUAGGUGGAUUCCUUCCAAUCAUCCUUUUGCAACCACUGCUGGUGACAUUGAUGAAGACUUGGCACAGACCAAUGUGUAUCAGAAACAUGGUGUGCCCUAUCGAAUUCAGGCUGAGCAUGAAGCACUGCAGAGAGACCAAAAGGAGAGCAGGUUAGUGAUGGAUUCUACGGAUGCUACAGAUCCUGUGAAUUCAUUCAAUUCGCGUUCCAAGUCAGCCAAGCAGGAUGGAGAAAGCCUCAUCAAUAAUGGAAGUGGUCAUUCUAAGCCACCCUUAUCCGAACAUGAGUCAGAUUCCUCCACUAGCAUGUCAUCAUCUGAGGAAAGGCAUAAACCCUGAAUUUAAGUCUUAGCUUCUAUUUUUGCCCUUCAACAAUGAUUGGAAUUCUGAGUUUUGGUUAGCAGGUCAAGACAUCAAUUACAAUUUCAACUUGAUGUAUCUACUUGUGAUCCGUUCUAAAAGUUCAGGUCGGCCUGUAUAUAGGUUGUAGUUUCACCUCUGAAAUAUACUGUUUUGUAUAUUAGUUAAUUAUUCUAGAAUGGCGCACUCUUUGCUUUA